AUGGGGAAGGCCUCGAAGGCCCGCAAACGCAAGGGCCGCCGGCAGGACGGGCUGAAGGCGAAUGCGAUGGACGAAGACAAACCCCGGAAAAACGGAGAAACAACGGCAACAAAGGAUGGAGAGGAGGGCGAUGGAAGCACGUCGAGCCACAGCGUCUUCAAGCGGCACGCGGCUGAGAGGAAGGCUGUGAAGCACGAAAUUGCAUUGUUGAAGCUGCGUCGAAAGAAGCUGAGGAAAAAGUUCCCGAAGGAAGCAGCAGAAAAGAGGGAAAUCAACAAGAAAAUUAAAACCCUCAUCAAGGACAUAACAGAAAAACAGCAAAAGGAACUCAAGGAACUCGGGAUUGUAAAAAGCACACAAACGAAUGAAUUCGCUGAAGAGGAUGUCGACAUGGACAACUGA